UCUACGCAUUAUUUCACAAAGGUGUUGUACAUUGUAAAAUCAGUGUGCUAUGUUAUUCGUGCAACAUAUAUACACGAAGUCAGUAGUGAUGUGAUGUGUAGUAAUCUCGCGUCAUAUUUUAUUAUUUAUUUUUUCGUGUAUUGUGCAAAAACUAAUUAAAUAUAUAGUUUUGUAGAUCCAUGAAACUUUUUUAUGUUGAAGAAAAUAGGUUUAAUUUACUAAAGUUUUUUUAUACUACGACUAGACGUUAUCUGACACAAGCACGAAUUCCGUUUAUUCACGAGUAAUCGAGAUAUUCUGUGAUUUGUUUACUAUCAUUCAGGGCAUAACAUUAACUUUUCAAUAAGUUACUAAUAAUUAAUCUCUAACAAAAGUGCAAUUGACUCUAUAUAUUAUGUUUCAUACAUCAAUUUCAUUCCAAUUUUGAAUACUUUGUCUUAAAUUAUAACCUGACGACGCGAGAAGGAGACAUCAUGUCAUUGAAUGCUUGACAGAACGCGCAAAGAUUUUUAUUAUUAUAAAUAACUAAUUAAUAUUACUUGACAUACAACAAAACAAAAUGUGGUCGUCACAAGGUAAUAAUACUUUAAAUGCAACCACGACCACUACAACAAAUGUAAAUUCUGCAAAUUCAGCACAAAAUUUACGGGUUUUGGGUAUGACAUCGGCUAUCAGUGUAGCAGAACCAAAACCAGAUGAUUUGACUAAGACAACUGAGUUAAAAGAAGCCCUUAAACCUUACAAUGUUUUUGAAACUGAAGCUGAAUUAAAUCAUCGAAUGGAAAUUUUAAGUAAAUUAAAUACUUUGGUUAAACAAUGGAUAAAGGAUACAAGUAUUGCAAGAAAUAUGCCACCAAAUGUUGCUGAAAAUGUUGGUGGAAAAAUAUAUACUUUUGGAUCCUACAGAUUAGGAGUUCAUCAUAAAGGAGCUGAUAUUGAUGCUUUAUGCGUUGUUCCUCGUCAUAUUUAUAGAUCAGAUUAUUUUACAUCAUUUUUUGAUUUACUCAAACAACAGUCAGAAGUUUCAGACUUGAGGGCAGUAGAAGAAGCUUUUGUACCCGUUAUAAAAAUGAACUUUGAUGGUAUAGAAAUUGACAUGUUGUUUGCAAAAUUAGCACUUAAAGAAAUACCGGACACAAUGGAUUUAAGAGAUGAUUUAUUAUUAAAAAAUUUAGAUCAAAAAUGUGUUAGGAGUCUUAAUGGAUGCCGAGUAACAGAUGAAAUUUUACGAUUGGUUCCCAACGUAGAAAAUUUUAGACUUGCAUUAAGAGCCAUCAAAUUAUGGGCAAAACGACAUGGAAUUUACAGUAAUGCAAUGGGAUAUCUUGGUGGUGUUUCCUGGGCGAUGCUUGUUGCGAGAACGUGUCAAUUGUAUCCCAAUGCCGUAGCCGCGACAUUAAUCCAAAAAUUUUUCUUAGUAUUUUCUAAAUGGAAGUGGCCUCAGCCGGUUUUAUUAAAACAACCUGAUAAUGUAAAUUUAGGUUUUCCUGUAUGGGAUCCUAGGAUUAACAUGUCAGACCGUUAUCAUUUGAUGCCUAUCAUUACUCCAGCAUAUCCACAACAAAAUUCAACAUUUAACGUAUCAAUGUCAACAAGGACAAUAAUGAAAGAGGCAUUCGAACAUGGUUUAGCAAUAACUCAGGAAAUAAUGUUAGGGAAAGCACCAUGGGAUAAGUUAUUUGAUCCACCAAAUUUCUUUAGUAAAUACAAGCAUUACAUUGUAUUGUUAGCCAAAAGUGCGAGUGCUGAAGAUCAACUUGAAUGGUGUGGACUUGUUGAAUCAAAACUUCGUCAUUUAAUAGGUACACUAGAGAGGAAUCCACAUAUUACGCUGGCACAUGUCAAUCCUGAAGGUUUCCCUCCAUUAAAUCCAGAUGAUGGUCCUUUUUGUUCCAUGUGGUUUAUUGGUUUACUUUUUGCUAAAAGUGAAAAUCUUAAUGUUGAUCUUACUUAUGAUAUUAAAUCAUUUGUUGAAAACAUUGAACUACAGGCAGAACAACUAAACAUGUUAAAAGAUGGAAUGUGGGUAGAAGCUAAACAUGUUAAACGAAAAGACCUAGGAAAAUAUGUCUCCCCAAAAUUAUUAAAACAUGAGAGAAAGGUUUUGUCGCAGAUUUCUGGUGGAAAUCAUCGGAAUGGAAAUUGUGGUGGAAAUACUGAAAGUGUAUCUCCUAAAGAUCAAAGUGAUGCCCUUCCUAGAAAACGACGGUCUGAUCCAAGUUCUGAUGCGGAUGAUGGCAAAAAACGACGUGUGCAAGAUGGUAAACAACAAAUUACUCAGGGUGAUGAUGCAUCAAUGACGACAGAUGGAUGUGGUGAUGACAGUAAUUCUGGAUUCAGUUUAGACGAGUACAAACAAAACUUACCGACGGCGAAGGACGAAACACCAACUGGAGGAUCAACUGUUGUGCAAGAAGGCUUCGUAUGUAUUUGACCACAACGCGAUCAUCAUAUUCAGGAUUGCCAGUCCUUGGAUUUACAUCCAGGUUAUUUAGAUUAUAAGUCACUCACAAGCAACUGUCCACUGCCCACUUUAUAAGUCCCUCAAGUUUGAUAAUGCGUUCAAUGUUGAAACGAAAUCAACUCUCUUUUAGAUGUAAAUUAGCUUAUAGAUUGUUCGUCGGCGCUCGAAAAUCCUGGUAAGUUGGUGAUGUCGGUGCAACAGUCUUUACAAGCUAAAGUGGAACUCUGGAACUUCAUCAAUUAAAGGUGAAUGUCUCCAAGGUGUAA